GCAAAGUGCCUCCUUUUGAGGCUCAUUUCUCACACCCUCUCCACCUGCUUCACAUCGAGGGGGUGUCUUUGUCUGCGAAGGACGCCCAGGAAGCUAUUUAAGCGCUCUCCCGCGAGGAAAAUCCUUCAGUUGUCUCUCAAUGCGGAUCGCGGAUGGAAAAGCUCAGGAAAGCCGAAGAGAAGUGAAUGUGAAGUAUUAAGUAAAAAAGCUGCAUUAUUUGAGGAUUUAUCAGUGUUUGAACCGUUUGAAGUAUCUUAAAUUAUUGUUGAAUUUAAAAAGUAGUAAUAUUUCAAUCCUUGGCACAAAAGCUUGGCACGCUUUUUGAGUGAGAAAAAUAUGAAGAAAAAUGUUUUAAAAUAAAUAGAUGAAAUGCUUGUGAAGGAAAAUGAGGAAAAUUUACUGCAUUUUCCAUAAAUGAAGUGCAAAAUAUACAUAUUUGAGGGAUAUCUUUAACUCUCCUUCCCCUGCUUUUGUGAUUUAAUGCACAGAGUGAAUAGCGAAGAAGCCUCCUUGGAUAUAAUUUAAGAAGCUCAAUUGUCCCUCCACGAGGAAUCGAGUCUGCCGAGUCAGCCACCCUCGUCGCACUGUGUCAAUUGGCAUCCCCGCGCGAGGAGGCUGAUGAUGACAUUGUCCGUGCGCCCGCGUGGGAUGAGCAGGAAGUUGUUUAAAGAAGCCGCACCGCUAAUCGCUGACGACGCUGAUUCGCUCAAGAGAGUCUCUCGCCUCUCCAGUAACUAGGACAUUGUUCGCCACCCACGCGGUGCAUCAAGUGGCCGCGGAGCAGCUCAACUUCACUCCUCCGCUGCGCAAUGAUCCGGUGGACUGUCUUCUGUCUCCUCCUGACUCUGAUGUGCGGCAGGAUCAGCCGCGGCGAACAUCAGACGAGCCUCACCUUCAACGACAUCCUCCCGGAGGAUCACAAGAGCUACGACAAGAUGCGACCGCCGAAGAAGGAAGGCCAGCCAACGACGGUCUUCUUCCACGUCACCGUCAUGGGCCUGGAUUCCAUCGACGAGACGUCCAUGACUUACGCUGCGGACAUCUUCUUCGCCCAGACGUGGAAGGAUCACCGGCUGCGACUGCCUGAGAACAUGACGUCGGAGUAUCGGCUGCUGGAAGUGGAGUGGCUGAAGCACAUGUGGCGUCCGGACUCCUUCUUCAAGAACGCCAAGUCAGUCACCUUCCAGACCAUGACCAUCCCCAAUCACUACAUGUGGCUGUACAAGGAUAAGACAAUCCUGUACAUGGUGAAGCUCACACUCCGACUCUCUUGCGCCAUGAAUUUCCUCAUCUAUCCACACGACACUCAGGAAUGCAAGCUGCAGAUGGAGAGCUUGUCUCACACGACGGACGACAUGAUUUUCCAGUGGGAUCCGGAUGUGCCUCUGGUUGUCGAUGAGAAUAUUGAGCUCCCACAAUUGGCGCUGGUGCGAAAUUACACGGCUGAUUGCACACAAGUCUACUCAACAGGGAAUUUUACCUGUUUGGAAGUGGUUUUCGUCCUGAAACGUCGUCUCGGUUAUUAUCUCUUUCACACCUAUGUUCCAACAUGCUUAAUUGUCAUCAUGUCGUGGGUGAGUUUCUGGAUAAAACCCGAAGCAGCUCCUGCCCGGGUGACUCUGGGAGUCACGAGUUUGCUGACCCUCUCGACGCAACACGCUAAAUCCCAAGCAUCUCUUCCUCCAGUGUCCUAUCUCAAGGCCGUGGAUGCCUUCAUGUCCGUCUGCACAAUAUUCGUCUUCAUGGCUCUCAUGGAGUACUGCCUGGUGAACAUCGUCCUGGGCGACACUCCACCGACCAAAACCUCCUCAUCUGCAGCGGACAAGGGCGACAAGAUGAUGGAGCCGAAGGGACGCAACAGCGUCUGCCGGGGAUCCUUGCUUUCGCAGUUCGGCAAACGGGAAAACGACAACUCCACCGAUGUGCCGUGGGUUCCGCGCCAGGACAACUCCAUGCUCUCCCUCCAGCCAAUCCCCCUCGGACCGGAAGUGACCGGCGAGAAGCCCGAACCGCCCAAACUCACUCCCGCCCAGAUUCGCCUCCGCCGAGCCAUCAACAUCGAUCGCUUCUCACGCGUCUUCUUCCCGUUCCUCUUCACUGUCCUCAACUGCACUUACUGGUACAUGUUCUACGAGUAUCUUUAGGGCGGAGCGCCCGUCUUUUGCGGAUUGUAGGCGAAUUCUAGAGAAUUUCUGUGUCAUAGAGCAAAAUGGAAUAUUAGAGCACAAUUUCCCCACAACAUAAUGCAACGCGCGCCACGGUGAGAUCCGUCUUCUGCAAAUACAGUAGCUCAAGUUAAGCAGGUGUUGAAUAAGAAGAAGAAAAAUAGAUAAACC